CCUGACAUCUGUUUUCUUCCCAGUGUGAAUGAUUUUGCCCUUUAUAACUUCUAGUUCUUUCUUAUUGCCUUGACAGUGCUUUACCACUUGAUAUGCCCCCUGCCACACCCAUAGCAAACAAAAGCUAUCUGAAUGGGGCUUCAGACAUUCCACUUAUCUCCAGAACUUUGGACCAGUGCCUGGAGGAAACCACCUACCGGUAUCCUGAACGAGAAGCCUUGGUAUUCUUGACCGAAGGGAUCCGAAGGACUUUUUCUCAGUUUAAGCAAGAUGUGGAACAGGCUGCCACCGGACUUCUGGCCCUUGGCUUGAAAAAGGGUGACCGACUAGGAAUGUGGGGUCCUAACAAUUACGAAUGGGUCCUGAUGCAAUUUGCUACAGCCCAGGCAGGGAUCAUUCUGGUAUCGGUGAACCCAGCAUAUCAGUCACACGAGUUGGAGUUUGUCCUGAAGAAGGUUGGCUGCAAAGCACUUGUGUUCCCAACACAAUUUAAAACUCAGAAAUACUAUGAGAUCUUAAAAGAUGUAUGCCCAGAAUUGGAACAUUCUAAUCCAGGAGCACUGAAGACCAAGAAACUGCCAGAGCUUUCUGUUGUAAUCUGUGUGGAUGCCAAGCUACCUGGCACAUUCUCAAUGCAUGAAGUGAUGCAGGCUGGAGACAGCAGCCACAAGAAAGAACUACAGGAGAUACGGAAGAUGCUGAUCUACAAAGAGCCAAUUAACAUUCAGUUUACUUCAGGAACAACAGGAAGCCCCAAAGGAGCAACACUUUCUCACUAUAACAUUGUGAAUAAUGCAAACUUGAUUGGUAUAAGGCUGGGAGUCAGUGAGAAAGGAGCACGUUGUUGCCUCCCAGUCCCUCUCUACCACUGCCUGGGAUCUGUGGCGGGCUGCGUGAUGAUGGCUAUUCAUGGCGUCUCCCUUGUCUUCCCAUGUCUCAGCUUUAAUUCCAAAGCCACUCUGAAUGCCCUGGAAAACGAAAAGUAA